AUGUUAAAUUACAGCUCUCAGGUAAACGUAGUACAUUUUGCCGAAAUUUUCACAGGAAGAGUUUACGAAAGGAAAAAACCACGGAAAGUUUCGCUCUGCAUGAAAUCGUUCCACCCUUUACGUGAAAAUAUAUUUGAGUUUCUCCACGAUGACAAACCUGGAAACUUUUUGAAAGCGAAGGAUAACAAGAAAUUAAAAACAAACAAAAAAGUAAAUCAUUUCAAAAGCGGAAAUGCUAAGUUACUUGUAUUUUUGUUUCUUGCCUUAGGAUUAAUGGUGGGCAUGGAUUCACCGUCAGGGGGCGAGGAGUGCUGUCACCGCAUGAGGCAUUUAGCGCUGGCACUGACGCGAGCCGAGCAGGCAUUGAGCAAAGCCCUGAAAAUUCGGAAAAAGGUGUUUAUAUCACAAAACUUGGAUGCAGGAAUCCAACAAAGCAUGCCAAGUAACACAGCGCGUAUAGAAGGCGCUAGAGCGUUCAGGGGGUCUCACACGGUCGAGUGGGGCUCGCAGGCCGCUCUGUGGGGGGUCGUGCCCCUCAUGCGGACCGCUCCCCCGCCCGACAUUGUCCUGUCGCUAAGAAGACCUGUGCCUUCCGACUGCUGGCCUAUUAGAGGAUCAAGCGGAGAAGUAAUCAUCGAACUACCUCGGCAACUGCAAGUGGAUGUUUUAAGCUUAGAACACAUCCGUCCAGACACUGCUCACAGUGCACCUAAGAACUUUACGGUUUAUGGUAUCCUGGUAAAUGGUACAUGGAUAAAAGCUGCCGAUGGAAUGUAUCAACAUUACAAAGGGGCUAAACAAUACUACCGCUUGGACCAUAGAAACAGCCCAUUGCAUCAAGUUGUUUUCAGAAUAUUGUCAAACCAGGGCAACCCGAAUUACACCUGUAUAUAUAGGAUACAUCUUUAUUAUAACCUGUAAUGUAUAAUUAUUACAUAAAUAAAAUAUACGAUGAUGGUCUUUUAAUAUAAUUUACUUAGGAAUUUGUAGUAGGUAUAGUCAAAGAAAGUUCUCCGUCUCCUAUGAAAAUAGUUGAGGUGUCAUUCGAUUCGGAAUUGAUAGUUUUUGAAAAAAUUGGAGUCCCGAUCGCAAUAGUUGCAAAAGUUAUAAACAAUUAACUAAAAUUAAAAAAAUGGGUUUGGCUUUUGACUUAUAAUUCAAAAACUAUUUAAGAUAUUUCUAAUCUGACAAAAGAUUCAAAAAGAGGUAAUUUCCUAACAAAAACUGUAACCUGUGACGGCCUCCGUGGCGCAGUGGUAUGCGCGGUGGAUUUACAAAACGGAGGUUCUGGGUUCGAUCCCGGCUGGGCAAUUGAGAUUUUCUUAAUUGGUCCAGGUCUGGCUUUUGGGAGGCUUCAGCCGUGGCUAGUUACCACCCUACCGACGACGUACCAAGCGAUUUAGCGUUCCGGUACGAUGUCGUGUAGAAACCGAAAAGGGGUGUGGAUUUUCAUCAUCUUCUUAACAAGU